UGCUAUUACAAUAGCAAUGAAAAAAACACUACUUCUACUACUAAUAACGAGUCAUAAAAGAUGUACACGUGUCCGUCGCCCUCUGGUGGACAAGAACCUUCUCACGCUCGCCACUAUUGGCGUUGUCAUAGCAACAGUAAAGCGUGAGCGAACAAAAACAAGCGCUUGGUCAUUCUGUCGACAUUCGACAUCUAUGACGCCAUCUUCGUGUAGAAUUUAAUUCACAGUCCAUUUAUCCAACAAGGCUUUUGGUGGAGAGUCAAAGAUGAGCGGAGCCAAAGCCCGCAGCGACGCGCCUGUUGCUGACAACGUCUCCGGCGGCAGCCACGGCUCUGCGGCUCCUUCGCGGGAGCGCAAGUCGGGUGGAGGGGUUCUGAAGAGGCUCAAGUCGCGGAGGAGCGAGGUGGACAGCAGGCCCGUCACGGAGGAGGACUUGCGGGCGCAAAAUGGACACACCAGGGCGGAAGAUGUCCUCGGACUGCGGGUGGCGACACGAGGCUACCUCUGUAAACCCGAAGACAAUAUUUACAACAUUGACUUUGUGCGCUUCAAGAUCAGAGACCUGGAUACGGGAACUGUCUUAUUUGAGAUCGCCAAACCUCCGCACUCAGAGGAAGACGAAGAAAACCGAGUAGUAGAUGCUAGCGCAGGCCGGUUCGUACGUUACCAGUUCACCCCGGCAUUUCUGCGCCUGAGGACCGUCGGCGCCACAGUGGAAUUCACCGUCGGUAACCGGCCCCUGAACAACUUCCGAAUGAUUGAGCGGCACUAUUUCCGAGAUCGCCUACUGAAGAGCUUCGACUUUGACUUUGGCUUCUGCAUCCCAAACAGCCGAAAUACCUGUGAACACAUCUAUGAGUUCCCUCAACUGUCCGAGAGCUUAGUCCGUCAGAUGGUGGACUGUCCAUAUGAGACCCGGUCCGACAGCUUCUAUUUUGUGGAGAACAGACUGGUCAUGCACAACAAGGCAGACUAUGCUUAUCACGGAGGACAGUGAUAUCUGCCUUGAAAACACACACACAUAUACACGUGCUCAUACCUGUGCAUAGACACUAUCACGCAUGCAUACACUUAAAACACACAAAUGCAAGUAAAGAUAAAUUGUUAUUUUGUGACUGGUGGGGUGUACCCCACAGCUCCAGCAUCCCCAGUGACCCUGAACCGGAUAAGUGGUAUACGUAAUGGAUGAAUGGAUGUUAUCAUUUUCAGGCUGCUAUGACCGCCAAGUGGGCAUCUCCUAUGACUUCCAAACAUGGUUCAGCUCAUCUUACCAUUCUUUCAUUCAUUCGCUAGUCCUUACUAGACUAGGGUCACGGGGGUAUGUUGGAGCCUAUCCCAGCUGACUUUGGGCAGGAGGCAGGGUACACCCUGGACUGGUCGUCAGCCAAUCGCAGGGCCAAUCUCAUUUUACCAAUGUUUAAAAAAAAUGUCCUUCCAAUUAAGCACAUACGCCCACGUACAAGCACACACAAAACCACACAUUCAACCCCCAAGUGUCACACAAAGUGUGUUCUCAGUGUUUGUCAGAAGCAGCUGCUCUUCUGAGCUACCGCCCCCACAAUCCACUCCAGACAAUACCAAGGGAAAAACAGACUCCAUCCACAAAAACACUCCUGUCAAACACACAUGGUCAGUCUUGCGUUCCCCCCCACCGCCCGCCCGCAACAACUGUAACACAAUUAUACAAACACGCACACACACACACACACAUAGAGUUUGAUCAAACCUUUCUAUGUUUUUCUACCUGGAUUUAAAUAGUCAGAUAAACAGUGUACUACUAUUACAAAAUACUUGCAAGAGUUAAGAUGAUGCACAACCGGAGCAGCAGCCUGGUCCGCAUGGCCAGCAGGAAGUCGAGCCUGUUUCUGGUGAACGUUGGCCCAAGGCUGCCCUUUGUCACCAAUUCUGUUCAGAAUUUUCAUGGACAGAAUUUCUAGGCACAGCCAAGUCUUCGAGGGGGUCCAGUUUGGGGGCGUUAGGAUUUGGUCUCUGCUAUUCGCAGCCGAUGUGGUCCUGAUGGCCUCAUCAGCGUUUACUGGAGCGGUUCGCAGCUGAGUAUGAAGCUUCUGAGAUGAGACUCAGCACCUCCAAAUCCGAGUCCGUGGUUCUCAGUCGGCCUUGUCCCAGGUGGAGGAGUUCAAGUAUUUCGGGGUCUUGUUCACGAGUGAGGGAAGGUUGGAGCGUGAGGUCGACAGGCGGAUCGGCACAGCGUCUGCAGUAAUGCGGUCGCUGUACCGGACCGUCGUGGUGAAGAGAGAGCUUAGCCGAAGAACAAGAUUGCGGAUACAAGCGGCAGAAAUGAGUUUCCGCCGUAGGGUGGCUGCACUCACCCUAAGAGAUAGGGUGAGAAGCUCGGCCAUCCGGGAGGGGCUCAGAGUAGAGCCGCUGCUCAUUCACAUCAAGAGGAACCAGUUGAGGGGCUCGAGCAUCUAGUCCGGAUGCCUCUCGGCCGCCUCCUCGGUGAGGUGUUCCAGGCAUGCCUAGGCUUCUCAGACCUAGGCAGACAUAGGACAUGCUGGAGGAAUUAUGUCUCACAGCUGGCCUGAGAACGCCUUGCUGUCCUCCCAGUGGAACUGGAAGAGGUGGCCGGAGACCGGAAAAUCUGGACUUCACUACUGAGACUGCUGCCCCAGCGACCCGGACCUGGAUAAGCGAAAGAAAAUGGAUUGAUGGAUGGAGUUAAUAUGAUCACAAAGCAUGAGAUGACAGGAACAGAAGAGUACAAUAUUUUGUAUCUUGUAGUAUUUAGUGUGAGAAGACCUUUACCCAACUUAGGAGUAAGUAGUUAUUCUUUGAGUAAACGGUCGUAGAGAAUCAAGCUGGAAUUGGUCUUGCUGUUGAGGUGUAUUAUUGUGUAAAUGCCGGUGUUCACUUUUUGGGAUGAUGUUUGUAAAAAGGAAAAACACUAUUCAUGUAUAUGAUCAAAUAAAUGUACGGGAUUGAAGUGUCAAAUGUGUCAUGUUGAAAGGUGGAAAAAGCUGAAGGAGGUCGGAUUUGUUGUGGUGCAGAGGAGUGCAGUGACGGCGGUGGCCACCAGGAGGAGUUAUGUUGCACGUGUUUUUAUGACGCGUGUCUACGCGUUCAGUUUAGUACUGUAUACUUGUUAUCUCUCAACAUGAUGAGAUCUUAGUGAGGUUUACUGGCCCUUACAACUUUAUUUGUGCAUGUAUGAUUCCAGAAAGUGAAUAACAUGCCUAAUUUCACAUGACUUUCUCUAAAGGCCACAUGUGUCAUAUAUUUUGGAAUUUCACAUUGUUUCACUUUGACUCAUUGAUGGAGGAUGCUUGUCACGGAAUAGAAACGCUAUAUUGUUUCUCAUGCCGUUUCCUCUUAUCAGUGUGUUCAUCUCUCCCAGCCUCUCUCAAUUUCCAUGCAUUUUUCCAGCGCUCAUGGCCCAAAAAGAAUCCCAUGGUACUGUGUUUCUCUCCCCACACCUAUGCUGCUCUCCCACUCUGUUUUCCCCUUUUCUGUCGGCCUCUCUCACCUGGUAACCAGACCUCUGGAGAGCGGGGUUGAGUUUCCACUUUCCCAGAGACGAGGACAAUCUGAGCCACACAAAGAUCCACAAUGGACCCCCUCAGCUCUCUCCUCCCUACACACCUACACACAUACUGAAACACACUUGACACACACCGUUUGUCAAAGCUCCCUUCCCUGUUCUCUACCCCUUUCAAUGUAUUCUUCCAUUUUUCAUCUUUCUGCACUCUCCUUUUCAUCUCAUAUCAGUUAGGCUGCCACAUACAGUCUCCCUGCACCCUCUUAGGAAGACCUAUGAGGAAAGAAACAAGACAGUGAGACAGAUUUGUUGUUAUUGCUAAGACCCCGCAUAGAGUUAAUAAAAGCAUGUAGCUCAUCCCAUUUAUUAACCAAGCCAACUGCUCCAAGUAGUGGACUAGAACAGUAGUGAGGCCUGUAUAAGCUGAGCAGCACCGCGAGUGGCAGCCAUGUGUCUUUGAGCAACACUUCCAUGGGUUUGUACUUAGUGUCAUCAUUCAGCAUGAAACCAUUCAAACAAAGCAUGAAUAAAGUAGGAUGUGAAGGCCCAGUGUGUCAGUUGCCAAUUAGCCCACAAAGCAGGGCACCAUUAUACUGUGAGCUCAUAAAUCAAUAACCACAGCUUUUCAUCAGGCUUGCUGGAGGCCUGCACAAAGUGCAGCACGCAAGUAAAACAGCUGUGCUCGACCGAACCACGUGUUGGUUUGAUAUCAGUGUCCAAAUAUCACGUUCAGGGGUAUAAAAUUAGCAUGCAGAAACAAGCAUGGCAAUAAAUACACACACAUUCCGACUUUAAAGGGAUGAUUUACAGUAUGUGUUCCCAAGCCUUCGUGGAAUAGCAGUCAGUGGUGGGUCGCCGGAAACAACUGGACAGGUGGGAUAAAUCAGUCACACUCCCACUUCCUCCCACUAAACACAUGCACACACACCUUCUCAUGUAUGCUGUUCAAUGAAUCACACACCAUUGCGAGUAGAAGUGAGAAGCACCGGCCUAUUGAAGCUUCCUUGAAAC